AUGUCUUUUGCUGUGAAAGCCUUAGCAAACCCUGCGCCAGCUCAAGCCCCCUCCGUCUUCGCCAUUUCCAGACCUUCGUAUUCAAACCCAUGUCUCUCAAUUCCUUUCAAACCCAUCAAAUUCAACCUCUCUUGCUCUCACCCGAGCUUUCUCUGCCUAAAGAAGAAAGGGCCCAUUGUGAGAGCUUCUGUUAUGGCGGCCCAGAAUGAAGAGAACGACUCAGUAGCUCUCGAGGAGCAAGAAGAGGGCUUUGAUGGUAAACUCGACUGGGAUUCAUCGGAAAGCGACGCCGAGGGAGGGGAGAGUGUUGGGUAUGCUAAGCUGAAUGAAGACGCGAAAUUGUAUGUGGGGAAUCUGCCGUACACUGUGACUAGUGACGAUUUGGCCCAGUUGUUUCAGGAGGCUGGUGUUGUGGAGAUGGCUGAGGUUAUUUAUAACAAGGACACUGACCAGAGUAGAGGCUUUGGAUUUGUGACGAUGAGUACCGUGGAAGAAGCUGAGAGGGCUGUGGAAAAGUUCAAUCGAUACGAUGUGGGCGGGAGAUUAUUAACCGUCAAUAUAGCCCUUCCGAAAGGGUCAAAGCCUGAACGAACCCCUCGUGUGAUUGAUUCCGGUUCGAAAAUAUACGUCGGUAACCUGCCGUGGAGCAUGGAUGAUUCUCGCUUGGAAGAGAUUUUUAGCGAGCACGGUAAGGUGGUGAGUGCUCGGGUAGUCUAUGACCGGGAAAGUGGUAGGUCACGAGGUUUUGGGUUUGUGGAGAUGUCGAGCGAGGCCGAAAUGAAUGAUGCUAUCUCUAACCUUGAUGGGGAGAACUUGGAAGGGAGAUCAAUCAGGGUAAGCGUUGCUGAUAGGCGGAGUUUUUGA